AGCACCAAUUUGAUUAUCGAAAAAUGGCGGCUCCGAAUAUCCAGAUCUACCAACUUAACAUAAAAUUCAGCAACAUCAUUGCUUGUUCAAACUAAAUCGAAAUUAUUUUGAAAAAAGAAGAUAUCGCGGAGUGCAAAUCAAUAACUUUUUUUUUACAUUUUUAUUGCGAACCUAGCACAUAGGUGCACCUUACAACCGUGUGAUUGUUUUUUUUAUCAUUUGUAAAUAAGUGCGUAGAGUUGUGAAAGGGUAGUGACAAUGCAAAUUACCAUUAAGAAUCUGCAACAACAGACUUUUGUAAUUGAUUUCGACCCGGUAAACACGGUACUGCAGUUGAAACAAAAGAUUGAAACUGAACGAGGAAAGGAAUAUGCUGUGGAACAACAGAAAUUGAUAUACGCUGGAUUAAUCUUAGCAGAUGACAAAACUAUUGAGUCAUACAAUGUUGACGAAAAGAAAUUCAUCGUAGUUAUAUUGAAUAAAUUGAAAAAAGACGAUGGCACUGCUGGCAAAGUUUCAACGCCGGCUACUUCAACUACAACAUCAAGCCCAUCGUCUUCUACACCAGUAAAAACGAACAAGUCUGAAGCAUCGACUGCCGAUAGUAAGACAGAGCCAGAUGAACCAGCAAAACGUGAAGGUGUUAAAGAAUCGGAAUCUGCUUCGCAAGGAGAAGCAGCGGCAGUGGCUGUGCCUCAAACUGCACAAGUUGCCGCAGAAUCGGCACUGUUGAUGGGUGACGACUAUCAACAAAUGAUUGCAAACAUUAUGGAAAUGGGAUAUUGUCGUGAAAUGGUUGAACAAGCGCUCCGUGCCAGUUUCAAUAAUCCUGACCGUGCUGUCGAAUAUCUUCUAAGUGGAAUACCGGACGGAAACUUUGAUGAACACGAAUUGGACCCGUCUGCGGUUGCAGCAGCAGCUGCAGAAGCGAUCAGUGGUGAGCGCAACAUUAGCGGAGGCGGUGGAGAAAUUCGUGUACCUGCUAGUGGAGAUUCGGACGGCGGUGAUCCUUUGGCAUUUCUACGUAGUCAACCACAAUUUCAUCAAAUGCGCCAGUUGAUUCACCAGAAUCCGGAGUUUUUAAAUGCCGUAUUGCAACAGAUUGGCCAAAACAAUCCCGCGUUACUGCAAUUAAUAUCGGAAAAUCAGGAGUCAUUUUUAAAUAUGUUAAACGAACAAAAUGAAGGUCUAGACGACAAUGAAUCGAAUAAUGGAUCAGCUCGUGGAGGCGAAGCCGGACGUCGCGUAAAUCGAGAAGGUGGACAGGCAGUUGAUGCUCCAUUGGGCAGUGGUGCUGGAGGUGGUGCUGCACACGAGCCGUCGCUCGGUGCAACAAUUCCAUUAACGCCACAAGACCGACAGGCUAUCGAAAGGCUUCAAGAUCUUGGCUUUCCGGAACAUUUGGUUUUGCAAGCAUACUUUGCAUGUGAAAAGAACGAGAAUUUAGCGGCAAAUUUCUUGUUAUCACAAAACAUGGACGAUUAAAAUUUCUUGUAACCCGCGUAGUAAACCGGAUCGACUUAAUACAGAAAAAAUAAUAAUAAUUACAAUUAGAAGAAAACAACCAAUUGGAACGGACAUUUUGAAACAACAACAGCGCUAAAAUAAUAAACAAACGACAGAAUUAAUCUUAUUUUAAGUAAACUUUUCACUUCGAUUAGUUCUACUGUUCAAUGUGUGAAUGAAAACGAAAAUGUUGUUAUUGUGGGCUCUUACAUUUUGUUAAAGAAAAUUUUUAUUUUCUUCAAUCAUCGGUCCUUCAACUUUGCUGUUUCCUAUUUCAUCCCCUCUUUUUUUAUAAUGUAAGUGUUCUUCAUCUUCUAUUCAAAUAAAAUUUAAUUUCCUUUUAUUUUA